AUUACAAAUUUCAAAAUAUUUUUUAAUUAUAUUUUUAUAAUUUAUACAAUUUUUUUUAAAAAGAAAAUCUUAGUCAUAAAAAUUAUUAGUUUCUUACAUAUCUACAAAUUUGAUAAAUACUAUUUAGUUUAAAUUUUUAUAAUUAUACAAAUUUUAUUAAUUUUAUACAAGUUCCUUUAAUAUAUUUAACCAAAAGAAAUAGAUAAAAAAACCUAUAUAAGAUUAUAGUUUAAAAAAUAUAUAUAUAUAAAUAUAAUUUAAAACCAAAAAAAAUAUUUUAUCUUAAUUAUGUUUAACUAAAUCAAAUUUGUAUCAAAAUAUUGGUAAACAACUAAUAAAAUCUACAAUAAUAAUAAAAAUUUAUUUUUAAAUAAAACUUAAAUUUAAAAAUUCUUAUUACAUAUAGUGUAGGAAAACACCUAGUAUGUCAAUAUAAAAUAAUUUUUUUUAAAAUAUCUGAAUCGCAAAACUAAAUCCUUCUGACUAUGUAUGUGUACAAUCGAUGCUUUAACAUGUUUUGGUAGGAGUCGAGUUCUAUAUUUGUUUACAGCAUGAGCAUCAAUUCUUAAACUAGACUUUGAUGUCACUUUAGCUAUGGAAAUUUUAUAUUUGUUUAAGAUAUUAACGCUAAUUCUAUAUUCUUAAGACAUGAACACCAUUGCUAAAUAAAUAAAUAAAUAAAAAUAGAAGUUUCAUGUUUUCGGGUUGGUCCUAGCAAUUUACAGUAACGUCUUUAGAAAGAAGGCAUAAUCAAGUAUUUUAUAUAUAAAAUAAGUAAUUUUAUACAAAAUUUUGGGUAUAUCGAUUUAGAAAAGGUUGUGGAUUUUGAAUAGCUAUCGGUAGGAGUGGACACGAAUCGGAUAUCCGGGUUUUUGGAGUUUUUUGUGAUCCGAUCUGUUUCGUCCGAAUAAUCAACUAUCCGAUUUGAUUCGAUCUGUAGCAGCCACCAUGAUAUUCGGUAUGCCGGAUAUCCAUAAAAUUUUAGGUUUUUGACCAGGCAUCUUAUUUGAUCCAUAAAAAUAUAUAAAAAUUAAAAAUAUAUAAGAAUUCACAAAAUAUAAAAUAAUAAUAUUUUAUUACAAAAGAUAAAAGUCAUUUAGUUUUUAAAAUUCUAAUAACUAAUUUAAUAAAUAUAGUAAAUAAAAACUGUAAAAGUUAUAUAAUAUAUAUAUAAUUAUUUAAAUAUAUGAAUAUAUGCUUAUAAAGAAUCAGAUUGGAUAUUCGUUCCUAAAAAUAUUAGUAUUUAUUAGUUGCUUCGAUUCUUACAAAUGUUACAUAUUAGUAAUUGUUUUGCUUCGUAGAGUUACGGAUAUCUGAAUUUUUCGGUUUGAAUCGAAACGGAUAACGAAUCGAAUUUGUCUCGACUGCCACGUUGGAUUCAGUCCACACGUUGAAAAUGUAGUGUAUUUGUGGGAAGUUCUUUGUAAUAAAAAGAGUCAUUCCCUUGAUUUAUGUUUCAGUGGAGUUAUAAAGAAAAUGAAUAUCAGUAAAAACCAUUAAAAAAAUAAUAUGUACUUCAGAAAGCCACGAGCUAAGACCAACCGCAACGGAAGCCCUUAGCGAUUCCUAAGGGACAUUACCAAAGUUAAUGAUAAUAUAAAAACUAUAUUUCAGCAUAAUUAUGUAAGGGUUAACCCGUAAGUAAGGGGUGGAGGGAGCUGAACCUUGGGCGACGUGGCAGGUGGGUAUUGGCGGAAGAUUGAUUCGACUCUGGUGUAGACGGGAAACAAAUUUCAUUUUCGCCGAAGGAGAAAAAAAAAAGAAAGCUGUCGAAAGGCGAUAAAAAGCGAUUCAAGAUCGAUACUUGACGAAGGUAAAUCGAAGCUUUCUUUAGCUUUUUUUUCGAUUUAGAUUCGGUUACAUGUUGUUUUCCUCUGAAAUGAGGGUUCUGAUUUGUGUUUUCAAUCGAUUUGUGGAAAAAAAAAACGUUUGAAAUUAGGGUUUCAAAGAUGGGGGUUUUCAAUCGAUUUGGGGUUUACGAAGUUUACAAUCGAUUUAAUGAUUAAACUAGGUUCUAUGAUGUUCUCGUCUCAAUUUAGGAUUCGUUUUCCGUUUCAAUCGAUGUAGUUAGGGUUUUCAAUUCGUUUUUGAAUUGGGGAUUUCUUCGAUUUAGGGUUUCAAAAAGUUUGACUGCUUAGAUGAUUGCUUCUUAUUCCAGAUGGCGAAUCCGCAUGAACCUCAUUUCUUCAAGCCUCUGCUUCCUGGUUUCCACAACGGCGUCACAAUACCACUAAGCUUCUUCUCACAGCACAUACAAGGGAAGACGAACGGGAAAAAAUGGAAACUAAGAUCGGACGCUUCUGAUCAAACUUGGGAAGUGAUACAAGAAGGCAGGCGACUCACCGGAGGUUGGAAAGAUUUCACGACAGCACAUGACCUUCGAAUCGGUGAUAUUCUCGUCUUCAAACACGAAGGAGACAUGGUGUUUCAUGUCACUCCGUUUGGUCCGAGCUGUUGUGAGAUUCAGUUUACACAUCCUCACAGCAUCAAGGAAGAAGCCGAUGUGGAUGAUACUCAUUCUUUCUCAUUCGACUACUGUUUCUUGGCUGAGGUCACUGCUUCAAAUAUCAAUGAAGACAAACUGUAUCUUCUUGUCGAAGCAACCACUUGUACUGCUUUGAACAAACAAUUGAAAGAGAUAAUACUUGUCAACAAAGAGGGCAAUUCAUGGACUGCGAGUUUGCGAUAUAGCGAAGCAGACGACAUGUUUUACAUAAGAAAAGGGUGGAGAGAGUUCUGUGAAGAAAACAUAUGCACCAUAGGAGACUUAUUUGUCUUCAACGUGGUUGGAGAUGGGAACACAACUCCGUUGAUGUGUGUAUGUCCAGAAAGGAAAGAGUGUUCUGAACUACUCAUCAAACACUUGAGCAUAAUGAAUGGUGAGUCUUCUUUAACUUGCUUGUUUUAUUUCUUUUACUACAUUGCUUCUGCUUUAACUAGUUAUGUCUUUUAACUACAUUGCAGGUGACUUGCUUCUAGCUCACGGGUGAUUUAGGAGUGUUUCCUUUUCGUCUCUAUCAGAACUUGUUUCCUUUUCUUUCCUUUUAGUACUACUGCUUAUUGUAAACUUGAAUUUGGCUAUGUAUCUCGGAGAGGUUGUUUCCUUUUGCCUCAAAACUUGUUUCUGUACUUUUCAAAACUUGUUUUUGUUAACCUCCAAGAAGUUCUUUUUAGUCCUCGGUUGUUUCAUUCAUAAACUUGUUUCCUCUUGUUAAAAACUUGUAUAAUUUGAUAUAUAAACUUGAAAACAAAUUAGAAAUGUAAUAGAAACUUGGAAAAAAUUGGAAAAAAAAUUAUAACUUAUAAAUUCUACUUUUAAAUUGAUUAAAAGAUUACAAAUGCAAUAGAAACUUGAAAUCUAUUUAAAAAAAACUAUUAAUAAAUAUUGCAUCUUUCUAUUCAAUUAUGUUAUAAAUAAAAUUAUUUUAUUUCACUUUUAUUUCACUUUUUUGAAAAAUAUUAAUUUUUAAUUACUAAGGAUUCCAUAACUGAGACUCACCAUUGGACUAACAUUUUGGAUAAUGAUCCUUAACUAUUUACAAAAAAAAAAAAAGUUAAAUAUUCCUAAGGAUCCCGUGGUGAGGCUCACUAUUGCGGGUGCUCUUAAGCCUGCUCUGCCAGUUACAAAAGUACCUUGGGGAGUGGUGAGCAGCACAACGCCAGCUUGAGCAGAAGGGAAUCCAUAUCUUGAUCCUACCUAUCAUACCAAGUACUUAUUUGAUAUCCGUAUCCACUGAGUGUGGGCACAGCUGAUCGGCUAAGAAAGAUCGACUGAACUCCUAUACCUUUUGGGUUUUGGCUAGCUUGGCUUAACAUAAUAUAUUACGCAAGUAUGAAAUUACUGUAAAUUCGACAAAUAAAAGAUAAACUUGAGAGGAAAUAAGAUAGAUACUGAGGUGAUUCAGGUGAAUACAUGGGUUUCUUUAACUAAAACUUGUAAAUGAUAAAACAAACCUUUAGAUCCCUUUAAGUAAGUUGUAAAUAACACUGAUUGGAUUAGGAAACUUCAAAUAAAUUUAUUUCUUAGUAGCUAUGUAUCAUAUCGCGAAGAAUAGGGGCCUACGGUAUAAUAAUUUUAGUUGAAUUUCUUUCAAAUCACUUAUUUGUUUUGUGUCUUUGCAACGGGAAGUUAUAGCUUUUUCAAGGGGACAUGGUGUGGAAAAGAUUAAACAACAUGUUAAACAUGCAUCUAUACUAUUAAAAGGGAAUCACUCCUAAAAAAUCUACUUAAACAAAGUUGUUAGAUCAUUUCAUUAGACUUAACUAUUUAUUUGGUGUUAACUUAUAUUUCUCUAACUAUAUAAAUACUUUACAUAAUUUAAAUGAAUUCAUUUAUUAUUUUCUCAUAAUCUAUUAUAUAAUUGCUCUAACAAUAAAUCUAUAUGAAUAUAUAAUAAAUUAUUCAAAUGUGAUCAUUACCACGUAUAAUUCUAUUAAUAGUAUAAAUUUUUAAUGGUUUAGUUAUGUUUAAUAGGUAUAUAAUUUGUAUUUUAAAAUUUUAAGUACUCAUUUGGUCUUUACUUUGGUUUCUAUUUUUUCUAUGCUCGAUUAUUUAUGAAAUUCAACUUAAUUUUGAGUUUUUUUUCCAGUUUGGUACGGUUCAGUGCACUCGGGUAAAUGUACUCAAACCUAUACAUUAUCUCUUAUAUAAGAAAAAUUUAUUUAAUUUCAAAAAUAAAUCCGCGCUUUCUUAACCCAGGUCAAAAUCUAGUAUAUAUUCAAAUGGAUGCAUAAAAACAUAUACUCCUACACUAUAAAAAAAGAA